AUGAGUAGAGGUCGAGGACGCGGAAAUGGGCGUGGUAGAGGACGCGGCAGAGGUAGAGGAGGUGGUCGCGGCAGGGGUCGUGGCCCUCCUGGAACAGGUCGAGGUCAGGAUGAUGAAGGACAACACCGUCAGAAGUUCGACAUUAAAAAGGUCAGGUGUUACAAUUGCAAUGAAUAUGGCCAUUUUCAAUCUGAUUGCAAAGCUAAAAGAAAGGGAAAAAAUGAGGCACAUUUAGUGGAGCAAUUCGAAGAGGAGUCGACGUUGUUGAUGCUAGAAACCAGUGAGCUAAUUCACAUUGGUGAAGAGAAAGAAAAGGAGCUAAUGCUGAAUGAAGAAUAG